AGACCGAUUUGACAGUACGUCAAACAAAACCGCAAAUGGUUUUCUGACGAUGUGCUUUUCAUAGAUGCAAUUUCGUAAAUAAUUUAACAUUUUUGUAUACCGAACACUGUUUUUAUAUACUUAGACAUAGGAAACAAAUUGAAAUCUGUAGAAAAUAGCAUUUAUCAAUGCUAAAAGGUGAUUCUAAAGAAAAUGAAGAUUUAUACCUAGGCAUUUCAGGACUCAGUACAUUUCCAAGUUGUUUGGUAAAUGAUUUGUGAGAAAACUUUAAUCACAUCAUCAAAAUGACUACGUCGUCAGAAGAUGUAUUAUUAAGCGUGGGUCACGUUAGGUAUAAAAAAGGUGAUGGCACCUUGUAUGUUAUGAAUCAAAGAUUGGCUUGGAUGAUGGAAAAUCGUGACACAGUCGCUGUAUCACAUAAGUAUGCAGACAUUAAAACACAAAAAAUCUCUCCUGCUGGCAAGCCAAAAGUACAGCUGCAAGUCGUCCUUCAUGAUGGAACAUGUUCAACAUUUCAUUUUGUUAAUCCAGCUGGGGCAGAUGCUCAGGCGAAAGAUAGGGACCAAGUAAAAAUGCUACUUCAAAACCUUUUACCUAAGUUCAAGAGACAAAUAGAUGGAGAAUUAGAGAUGAAAUCGAGACUGCUGUCGCUUCAUCCUACCUUAAAGCAUUUAUAUGAAGACUUAGUAAUAUCAAAAGUAAUAAAUAGUGAGGAAUACUGGAACACGCCCACUUUGAAACAUUAUACUGAAUCAACUAAUAUGAAACAAGAAGCAGGUGUUUCUGGAGCAUUCUUAGCAGAUAUACAACCUCAGACAGAUGGAUGCAAUGGCCUUAAAUAUAAUUUAACACAGGACAUCAUAGAUGCAAUAUUCAAAACAUAUCCCGCCGUUAGGAAGAAACAUGUAGACUAUGUACCCAAUAAAAUGACAGAAGCUGAGUUCUGGACCAAAUUUUUUCAAUCACAUUAUUUUCACAGAGAUCGUAUAGCCUCGUCGUCUAGUAAAGAUUUAUUCGGAGAAUGUGCCAAAAUGGAUGAUCAAGCUAUCGCGUCUGCUAUGAAACAUACAACAUUGGAUCUAACAGUCGAUUUACCUCAAUUCACGGAACCUGUCCCGCUCCUCCCCGAGGAAGAUUCUGGUGAGAAAGAAAAGGACGGCACAUCAAUACACCGCAGUAUGAUAAAACGGUUCAACCAACAUUCUAUUAUGGUGCUCAAAGCUAGUCAUAAAACAAACUCCAGUAGUAGUAGUAAUAGCAGUAGUAAAACAACAAAUAACAACAAAGUCGAAAAUGGUAUGAAAGAAACGAAUGGUGUCGAGAAGAGGCCGACGACCGACAAAGAUCCAGCGGAACCGGUUGAUAAGAAAAGGAGAAUAAUGGAAAAGUUACAUUAUGAAGAUCUUGAUAGUAUAAAUAGUGGACAGGAUGCGCAGGAGUUGAAAUUAUCAAAGGUAGAAAGGUAUUUAUUAGGUCCUGCCUCGCAAGUAAGCCAGUCAAGUACAAGCACAAAUAACCCACCCCCAUUAUCAGCUUUAGCGUCGGUCUGUCAGGCGUGGUCGAGCGGGCAGCAGUGCCAGCGGCCCGUGCGGGUGAGCGCGGCCGCCGCCGUGGGCGCGCUGGGCGAGCUCAGCCCCGGCGGCGCGCUCAUGCGCCAGCACCACGCCGCCUGCAUGGCGCAACUAGUUCCACAAGAUGUAAAAAGUGAACUGAACCGUUUAUACCUCUCGGGCGGCGAACUGCUGCGGGAGCUGUGGAGAUGCUUCCCGCAGCCGGGAGCCAGCAACGACUCUGAGGACACGCCUGCGAGAGCAGAGAAGUUCUACGAGGCUCUGCUUAGGUUUAGGAAUGUUAAAUUGAGGCCCUUCGAGGAAAAAAUGCUACGUGACCUCACACCCCUAGCGACAUCUCUCACCAGACACAUGAACCAAAUGAUCGACACCGCUUGCGCCAAGUACGCGCUGUGGCAACAGAGACAAGCCAAGCUGCGGUAGUAGUGGCAGAAUAAGAAUACUGGUUUUAUCUGGUUCGGGGCCGGUUUUGGUGCCUUCAAUUGUUAUAUCUGGGAUAAGAGUAUGACUUUUUUGGGUUCGUUAUGACUGACAUGUAUUAGGAAUUCCGUAGGUUCAAUGAUUUAUAAAACUAAUAUUAUCCAUGAAGGUCAUAUGAUUUAUGUUAUUGUCUUGUUGUCUCAUACUAUAUAAAAUAAUGAUAAAAUCUCUAAACGAUUCUUUAUACCGUAUUUUUCUGUCAUAAAUUGUGGUAAUAGUCUAGUGUGAGUGUUUAAACAUGACAGUAAUUGUUAUAAUGACAUUUGUACAAUGUUAUUAUGAAUUAAAGAAGUUUAAUUUAAAGGAAUCCUUAAUACUGUUAGUUCAUAGAGCUCUAAAAGGAUCGCCAAACUAAAACCGGCUCUCUAUAUCCUCAUAUUCGAAUAAAAUGUUCCAAAUAAGAGAAUGUUCUUUUAUACCUUAUUCUCAUAGAAUUAAAGUAUAUAUUUGACUGUUAAAAUAAACUGCCUCAGUUAUAUCAAAUACAGUAUACAAAAGCAAAGCAAUAAUUAAAGUAUUCGUUAAUUCCUAGCAUAUUUGUAUGUAAAAAUGAAAAAAUUAACACAGUUUAAAUUAAAAUAAAUCACAAAACGAAA